GAAAAAUAGGAAGCUGAAAUAGGAGGUGAAGGAAGCAGCUGAUCAGAGAGGCAGCCACCAUGACAUCUACAUUGACACAGGGGUUGGAGCGGAUCCCAGAUCAAAUGGGUUAUCUGGUGAUGAGCGAAGAUGGGGUUCUAGCAAGUGCUGGUGAUCUGGAGAAUGAUGAGCGCGUGGCAGGCAUUAUCAGAGAGAUGGUGACUACAGCCUGCAGCUUUCGUUUGGGAGAACAACCACCAUUCAAACGCAUGAGUAUUGUUUUCGGGGAGCAUUCAUUCCUGGUCACUGUUUCAGGACAAAAGAUUUAUGUGGUGAAGCGUCAUAAUGUUGUUCGAGAGCCGAUCAGCGUUUAGCCCCCGUUCUUCUGCCUGCACCUAUUAUUUGCUAUUUUUACAACCACAUUGUGAAUCAAAUGAAGUCUGUUUUAAAUGUGACUGUUACUUAAAACAACUGUACAUGAUCCCACAGACGAAGUUAUAUCUAACCUUGGCCCCUAGCUGAUGCCUUUGAAUGUCACAUCAACGUGAUAAAUUUAGGACACUUUACAGAUGGUUUUUAUUAAUGUAACAGCCGCGGAUACUCCUUGUUGGCACCUCUGUGGCCCAUCUCGGUGUGUUUCCAGUCGUCUUCUGGUACGGUCCACUGACUCUUGUACAAGUUGGAGUUCUUUACGUAUAUGCACAAUGUCAACAUCCAACCACAAUCCAAAACUCCCAAGCUGGGACAUAUGAGAUGGGGGAGAGUUAUAAGCACAAAAGAGCGUUGCCGAACGUCUCAUAAAUCGUAAUGAUGUGAAGUAUCCAUUAUAAAAUUUAAUAAUGGUUAAAUUUCAUAAUAAAGUGGGCACAACACGAUCCCGGUUUUAUAAAUUAAAAAAAAAAAACACAAAAAAAAAAACUUCAAAUAGGUAACCAGUAAAACUGCGUGUAUUCACCUUUUAAGCUUUACUUGAAUAAUAAACACAGACAAGUCUUUGCUGUCUAUAAAAUACUAUAACCUAUAAAAAAAAAAAUAGGGCAGUAUCGUUAAAUCACUCAUUGACAUGACUGUGUUUUAACUUGCAUACUUGUAUGUGUGUGUUUUUUUUUUUUUUUUUUUAUAUUUUGACUGUGUACAGAAUACAUGACUGACUAAAUGUACCUGCCAGUGACCCAUGCUAAUUGGACAAUCCACUUCUGUAUGUAAUGGAGAUUACUGUAUAUUGUACUGCCGCAGAUGACCCGUGAUAGUUCUAAUUGACUGAGCAUUGUAGGGGUUGUAAUCUGUAGCCUGUUCCUCCUCUGAUUUAAUUUGUGAAUAUUGCAGUGUAUAUAACAAGGACAUUAAAAAUAUUUGGAACACUGGA